CUGCGGCGCCGCACGGUGAUGAGACCACGAGGUGCAAGGUGUGGAGACACAGCCGCCUCCCGAGCCACUUGUAGCUCAGGGGAGGGGCCGUGGGCUCUCAGGAGCGCUCCAGCAGGGGUUCCAGCCUGGCCCCGGGUCCGCUCCCGCAGUCGGACCGAGGGACGGCGGCCGAGGGAGCGAGAGGGCAGUGAGGGAUGGGGGGAUACAACCGCUGAGAAAGGGUGGGGUACGACGGCCGUACCUGUGUGCGGGCGAUGGAGCCGGCGGGAAAGGAUGGGAACGACAGCCGUAGUGCGGCGUGAAUGGACCACCGCCACGCCGCCGCCAUCAACCGAAACGGCGCAGCCCCGCCCCCGGGACGGAGUCUCCCAUGCUCCGGUGGCAGUGUCCGGACGGGACACUGGUCCCUGCGCGGCGCCAAAUACAGGCAAGCGGGAAAGGCACCGGCUCGGCAGGCAGGCUGUUUCCGGGAACUGGAAAGUUUUGCUGUCCUUUAUCCCAGCUGGAACUCACCGCCAGGUCCCACCGGACUGCGUCCCCGCAACCCCCGCACGCUGCUCGGAUGGUCGCCACCCCACGCCCGUUUCCAGGAGACGGCGCCGGACGCCGGAAGCGGAGUGGAGCCCCAUUGGGCUAAGGGGCGCCUACGUCAGGGCGGGACCACCGGGCGGAGAGCGGGGGGGGAGUUCCCGGAUGUUGUGUGGGGAGCGCCCGGGGCUGCCGCGUCCGUCGGGAAAGGUCGGGCUGCCGGGGCAGCCUGUGUUGGCGGGGCUGCUCCGUGCAGCCUUCGCAGUCAAAAGGGCAGGUAGCGCCCUCAGCCCUGCCACGGCCUUCUGCAAGCGCCGAAUGCAGGGACCCUUGUGA